AUGAAGCGCCGCCUCAGCCAGAGAAAACGCUUUGUUUUUCGCCCGUUCAAGUCUGCAUGUUGGGGGGAAGAGAGGUCAAAGUCCUCUAGUUUACCGCGUGUUUACAAAUAUUUGUGGCUGUUGGUGCGGCUGCUGUACGUGCUCAGGCCGAAGGUGAAGAGCGAAAAGCGGAAGGUGGCGAGUCGCCAUAAUCCCCUGCACGUCGACAUUUUAGGCCAGGCGGGUGUUCAUACUCCCGAGACUGCUGUCUUGUUGAAGAAGGGCAAAAAGCCCAAGACUGGCGUUCACGAGGCGUUCACGGAGGAUGGGAGUUUUGACGCCGACGAAGAUGGAGUCGUUCCGCAGAAGCUGAGCAAGAAGAUCCUGCGGCUCGUCGAAGAGCAGCAACUCGACGACAGAGCCGAUGGUCACGACUCUGAGGGGUCGGAGGACGAAGGCAGUGAGCCCGAGUCAGACGGAGAAGAUGAACACGUCGACGAAGAUGGGUUCGUGGUGAUUGAGGGCGAAGAGGACGAGGAGGACGAGCUGUACGUCCAGCGUCGCCAGAAGGAGCAGGGCGCGGCUGCUGCGGCAGCGCCGACCCUCGCGGACUUCAUUCUCGAGAAGUUGCGACAGAAGGAACAGGCGGCCGUGCAGGGCGAGGCGCCUGUCGAGGAGGACGCGAACGCCCUCCCCCCGAAGGUUGUGGAGGUCUACACAGCAAUGGGACCCUUCCUGCAGAAGUACCGUAGCGGGCGCAUGCCGAAGGCCUUCAAGGUGCUGCCCAGGCUGCAGCGGUGGGAGGAAGUCCUCUUGCUGACUGAGCCACAGAACUGGUCGAAGCAAGCGAUGUUCGAGGCCACCAAGAUCUUCAGCAGUAACCUCUCGAGUGCAGGCGCACAGAGAUUUCUUUGCCUCGUUCUGCUCCCCGCUGUUCGAGACGACAUCUCCGCCAACAAGAAGCUGAACUAUCACCUGUACCAGGCGCUGAAGAAGGCGCUGUUCAAGCCAGCCGCGUUUUUCAAAGGCAUUUUCCUUCCUCUAGCACUAGAGGGAUGCAGCAAUCGCGAGUCGAUCAUUGUCGGCAGCGUGGUCGCCAAAGUUUCCAUUCCAGUUCUUCAUGGCGCUGCCGCUUUGAUGCGUUUGGCCUUGGUUCCACCUUCUCACUGGCUGCCUGCUGUGAGCGUUCUGAUGGGGAUCCUGAUUAAUAAGAAGUACUCUCUCCCAGUCAAAGCUGUUCAAGCCUGCGCGGCCCACUUCCACCAGUUCGAGGACAGAGCUGAGUCGUUGCCCGUUUCGUGGCAUAAGGCGCUUCUUGUGUUCGUGCAGCGCUACAAAUUUUGCCUCUCCGACACCGAGCGGAACAUGCUGAAGGCCGUGCUGCGCGUUCACUUCCACGAGAAGAUCGGUCCGGAAAUUCGCAGAGAGCUGCUUGCAAAGAAUGCCGCACAAGUUCUUCAGCAGCAGCAACAAGCUCUGAUGGACCAGCACAGUGCGCAAGUCGCUGCCGCCAGCGGCGAUGAUGUUGAGAUGGGCGCCUGA